AUGGCCGAAUUUCAGCAUCCCUUCCAAACCUUGACCAUUGUCACGCGGCAAUCAAAUGGUCACUCUGAUGUGCUUGUAGCCGCUGCAGGACCAUAUCUCUACUCCUAUGCAGCGAAGAGCGGUCAGCGUCUCGCUGUAUGGCCCAAGCACAUAGACCCUAGCCACACAGUAGCUGCUCUUCCUACCUCCGAUGUGGAUGGUCAAGCGCCCCCGGGGAAGAAGAUAAAGCUAUCGCCUGUCGAAGAUGGAGCAGACAACGGUUCAGUCCCAAGCAAGAGUGAUUCUAAUGGCUCUCUGACGACAUGGACUAACAUCCCAAUCUUGUUGUCAACUUCCAAUGGCAAGCAUGUAGUAGCCAUGACUGCGGAGGACAAGUGCAUUCGAGUGUUCGAGAUCAGCGAGGCUGGCGAAUUUUUACAGCUUAGUGCUCGGAACAUGGCCAAGAAGCCUUGUGCUCUGGACCUAACCGCUGAUGAUCAGAUCAUCCUAUGCGCCGAUAAAUUCGGCGACGUCUACUCUCUUCCUCUGAUUCCCGGAGAGUAUGUGAAGCCGAAGACCCAGGCGAAAAAGACCAAGCCUGUUGCAACUCCGCUCACUGUGCAUUCGAAGCGAAACCUUCGCUCAUUGGAGCAACAGCAUCUGCAGGCUGAGCGCGCUGAAAAGACCCAGGAGGAGCCGGAGGAAAAGACCGUACUCAACUUCGAGCAUGAGCUGAUUCUCGGUCAUGUUUCUAUGUUGACUGAUAUCGUCGCCGUGACAUUGCCCAGCACUGAAGGCAAUCACUCGCGAAAUUACAUUCUCACGGCAGAUCGUGACGAGCACAUUCGAAUCUCGCGGGGAAUUCCCCAGGCCCACAUUAUUGAACAGUAUUGUCUGGGUCACAGGUCCCUAAUCACUAAGCUUUACGUUCCUCCAUGGGCCCCGCAUGUUCUGGUAUCUGGAGGCGGAGAGGGCCAUCUCCUUUCAUGGAAUUGGAGCGAGGGUCGAAUCCAUCAAACCGUGCCCUUGGACGAAGUCCCUGAAGAGGCAGUUGUAAGUGGCAUCUGGGGAACUGAGGUCAAAUCCGCCACUGGGUCUGCUCAGGUGAUUUUUGUCGCCAUCGAAAGCUCGCCGCGUCUCCUUUGUUUUACUUUCGAGAGCGACUACACACUCAAAUUGCACAGCCAUUUGCAGCUGUCAGGAAAUGUCCUCGAUCUCGUCACUUCCGGCCCCAAUGGCUCGCUGAUUGCGUCGAUCGAUGCCGUACGUGAACAGGGCACCGGAGGCUCCUGGAGGACAAGUGCUGUUUCGCCACAGACACUUGCGGAAAGGAUCCAACUCGAAUUGUCAUCUGAUGUGUUGAGUAUCAGCGCGGGUCAAGACUCAAUAACGGAAAGUCUCAAUGCUGCUGGAACCUCAAACAUUCCAGCCACGCUGGAUGCAAAACAGAGGAAAGCUCUUGAUGAUACCGUGUAUAACUUGGGUAAUCUCAGGAAACGAACCUUUGACGACUGA